CAAUCACCGCUAAUGGUCAGUGGUAAUACCCGAGGGUAAGUUAAUUGAGAUAACACUUUACAUUUAUUAAUUAAGGUGUAAACAAUAAUUAGAUGGCAUACAAUUAUUUUGAUAAGCUAGACAGUGUGGCACAAGGUCGUUAUAGUACCAAAUUAGUGUUAAUUAACAGUGAUGAAUGUCCAUACAAGUUCCCUGCAGGUGUUUGGAAAAAUAACCCAUCUUGUUGGCCAGAUCUCCAGUUUGGAGAUGUGUAUUCAUAUUUAAUUGACUCGCCAGGUAUUUAGAAUUAAAAAUUAUUAAGCUGAGCACACCUAUAGAUAACUUUAAUUAUUUUUUCCGGUUUUGAAGAAUAAGGGUGUGCCGAUUUAUGCAGUGAAAUAUUAGUAUGAAUAUGUCUCUGUGUAUUAAAAGUAAGCAGAAAAAUAAUAAACACAUCCUUGAAAUAACUAACAAAAUAUAAAAAAAUAUAUAUUCACGGCGAUAUUAUUUAGAACUAAACACAGAUUAAUACAUAUGUAAUAUAGAUUUAUUGUGUAGCAAAGUUAAUUUGGUUAUAAUUUUGUUCUUUUAAGUUUGAUUUAAAAAACAAAAAUUAAAUGUAAAGGACGCGGACCAUGAUAGAAGUUGUUAUAAAUGAAGAUGAGAUGACACAUCUUUGGCAAUAAACUUUGCACAGUGGGUGAUUUCCUCCCAGGUCAGGUGUGAAAGGAUAGAUUUUUAUAUUCGUUUAGUGUCCAUGUAAACUUUAAUUAAUACACGAAGUUAUAAUUAGGAUAUGUGUCAAGUUUUUAAAAUGACAUGAAGCUGAAGAUAUAGAUUAAAAUAAAAAGUGAAUAACUUUUAAGAAUGUUACAGAAUAUUACUUUAAUUUAUUAGGAAUAAUACUAGGUUACGUAUUAAAUGUUUUAAACAUGUGUUUUAAAAUAUUUGUCAGUUAUACUGAAAAUUAAAUAAUGUACAAAAAAAUGUACAAAGCUCCUUGUAUGCUUAAGGUACUAUGGAACAGAAUAAAUUCUUUUAGCCUUCGCCUUUUUACAAAAAUCUGUUAUUUUUUUUUUCUAGUAAUUUAAAUUGUUUUUGCUUAUACCGGUAUCUUGACAUAUAUGUGUACCAUAUUUAGAGUGAACUUUUUAAAAAGGUUAAUAUUGGAACCUAUUAAAUUUAAAUUGAAUAUAGGACAGUAAAUACACCCAGCCGCAAGGACUUAUUCUUAUGUUAGUCAAUAUAUGAUUUUCAGGCAUUUUUACCCGAGAAAGUAUGAAAUCCUAUAAGAGUUUGGAUGCCCACAACUAUUUUCAGUCAGGAUGGGUUCAGACAGUUUACAGCUAUAAGCCUGCCACCAGUGCAUACACUAUACUGAAAGCAGAUGUUAGGCCUUCACAAAGACUGAACGAGGAACCUCAUCACCCAUGGGUUGCCCUCUCUGGAGAUGGUUCAGUAGCCGUGGCUCACUGCAAUUGCAUGGCAGGGCUUGCAGAAUCAUGUUCCCAUAUUGCAGCCCUUCUCUUCAAAGUAGAAGCCGCUGUGAGACUGGGAUAUACCACUAAACUUUGCACUGAGCUACCAUGCAAGUGGAAUGCUGAUUUCGUUAAAAAGGUACAGCCUGCGCCCGUAAAAGACAUUCAAUUCUAUAAAACCAGCUGUAUAAACAAAGCAAAGAAGGUGAAAGUUCGACAUUUGUCAUCAACCCAACAAGAACAACAGACUCUUCUUCAAACUUUGCAUGCUUGUAACAGCAAACCUGUGGUUUUAAGUACAUUUGACAACUUCUCUGACAAAUUUCACUGGCAAAAAACUGUUUCCUCAGAUCCGAUUGUACCACAAUGUCUUAGAUCUCUGUACAAGACAGAGUAUGCAGACUUCACAAAAAUAGAUUUAAGCAGGAAAUGCUCCGAAAUUAAUGAUAGUUACAGCAUGAAUAAAGAGACAAUCGUGUAUAUCUACGAUGUUACUCAAAAACAGAGCUCAUCUUUAACAUGGCAUGAACAACGCAUUGGUCAAAUUUCACUCUUUUCACUGCUAAAUCUGGUGAUGUGA